AUGGAUGGGCAAUUCCACAUUUGCAGUCUGAAUCCAUCAAAAGAUUCAGAAGAUCUCGCAUUUAUCACAUCUCCAUCUAUUCACUCGUUCAAAGUCAGUGGUGGCGACGAAUGCUACAAUAGCAUUUUGCGUUUGGCAGGACUUGCUCCCAAUCUCAAAAAGGUUCGAAUGAGAAGAUGUCCCAGCUUCGAGGGGCCGGCCUUGGGUCCAAACAAUUUCCAGUCAGGCACCGCGUCAUUGGUGGAUCUUCGUUUCGAAGGCACUUGGAAAUUUGAUGGAAGACGCCUCUGUGAAUGGAGCUAUUGUACGGAUUUCUCUACCCUGCAGACCCUUAUUAUCAAUGGCCGAUUGAAUGAUGCGGCAUUCAAGGUUUGGAAUCAGAUGGAAUUUUUGUUUCCAUCUCUGAAGACUCUCCAUCUGAACAUUGCUGGAUCUCGAUCAGAGGAGUUUUAUGACGACGCAAGUAAAUUCCUGCGAAGCUUGCCACCUUUAACUGAACUUGAAGUAACCGGUUGGCACUUGCGCAUCGGCAUCGAGUCUCUUAUCGGCGUCCAUGGGCCCCGCUUGCGCAAGUUUAAGCUCAUAAAGCCCGCAACUUGGCAGACUUUGAGCGAACAUCAAAUUCGUCAAAUCAGUCGAAAGUGCCCAUUGCUAGAGGACCUUGAGGUUACGAUUGACGGCGCACAAAGUCAUGCCGAGAAAGCCAAGAUAUACGCAGCUCUAGGGUCAAUACGAAAUCUCAAAUACCUUGUCCUCACUUAUGAAGUCGGGUUUAUGGGGCUGCCUACGAUCCCUAGAGAGGAGAUCACCUCAUCGACAGGAACACAAAGACCCGGCUCUAAGCAUCAUGAGUUGCCCAGCUAUCCUUCAUUUGACGAAUUCGAAAAUCAAUUUUGCGAAGGAGCAUCUGACGAGUUUUUCCGGCUUCGAAAUGGUCAUGUGCAGAAGAUGAUAGUUGAUGCUGUCAUGGAUGAGAGACUUGCUUGUGAGAUUUUUCAAGCCAUCUUGGACACGAAGUCAAAAAGUUCACCUCUUCUCAAGGAUCUUAAUAUCAAAAUCAUAGGUGCUCAUGUUCGAAAAGACCUGGUAGAUAUAGCUCACUUGUUUUCCAGUGAUUGGCGUGUGAUACGGGAAACCAAUUUUCGACGCCGUGGCAAGUUGAUCGCUGAAGAAAUUGAGCCAUGUAGGAGCAGCAUUGAAAGAAGAAAUAUCCAUCUUCCACUGUGGUUGGAGCCCAUAUUUUAUCGACUUUUCCCAGCGGCGAAGCCGAAAGGACCACCGCGGAAAUUGUCGAAGAAAUUGGCUGCCAAGAGGGACAAGGAAAAGAGUCAGGCCAUUCCGAUGUGGAGGCGCUACAUACAUAGUUUUCCUACGACUUCAGCGACAGAAAAUUGA